GCGCACUGUCACUUGCCCAGCACCACCUCGCCAAAACCGGUGGGAACCUCGUGCACUCCGCCGCCGCCGCCUCGAGACCUCCGCCGGCCUCCCGAGGCAUCCGGAACCCUUCGGCGGGGAGGCGCGGCGACCCUCACCCCGGGACAAUGCAGAGCGCGGCGGCCAUCGGGCUCGUCCGGCCAUGCGCCGCGCGGCCGCUCGUCGCUUGCCCUAGCCACCGCCGCGGCGGCGCCGUCGCCGGCGAAGGGAUCCGGCCGGUCCUCCCGCAGCGCGGGAUCCGCCUAUCCGCGCGCGCGGGGCUCGUGCCGGCCUCCCCGCUGGAGGAGGAGGAGAAGCGGAGAUGCAGGGCCGAACGGGACGUGUCGGCGGCGGCGGCCGCGGCGCAGGAGGCCGGGGAGGAGGCGGGAGGAGGGUUCGCCAAGACGCUGCAGCUGGGCGCGCUCUUCGGCCUCUGGUACCUCUUCAACAUCUACUUCAACAUCUACAACAAGCAGGUUCUGAAGGUUUUGCCAUAUCCCAUAAACAUCACAACCGUGCAGUUUGCUGUUGGAACUGCCAUUGCCAUGUUCAUGUGGAUCACUGGUAUCCUUAAAAGACCAAAGAUUUCCGGUGCCCAGCUUCUUGCUAUCCUUCCUCUGGCAAUUGUCCACACCAUGGGCAAUCUUUUCACAAAUAUGAGCCUUGGGAAGGUUGCAGUGUCAUUUACACAUACUAUCAAAGCCAUGGAGCCUUUCUUCUCGGUUCUCCUUUCAGCAAUCUUCCUUGGUGAGUUGCCUACUCCUUGGGUUGUGUUGUCUCUUCUUCCAAUUGUUGGUGGUGUGGCACUGGCAUCUCUUACUGAGGCUUCCUUUAACUGGGCUGGCUUUUGGAGUGCAAUGGCUUCAAAUGUAACCUUCCAGUCCAGGAAUGUGCUAAGCAAGAAGCUGAUGGUGAAGAAAGAGGAAUCUCUGGACAACAUUAACCUCUUCUCUAUCAUUACAGUCAUGUCAUUCUGCCUCUUGGCCCCAGUCACCUUACUAACAGAGGGUGUCAAAGUCAGUCCUGCAGUGUUGCAGUCUGCUGGCUUGAACUUAAAACAGAUAUACACCAGAUCCCUGAUUGCUGCAUUCUGCUUCCAUGCCUACCAACAGGUGUCAUACAUGAUCCUCGCUAGGGUGUCCCCAGUCACCCACUCAGUGGGCAACUGCGUCAAGCGAGUGGUGGUCAUUGUGACUUCCGUUCUGUUCUUCAGGACCCCUGUUUCACCUGUCAACUCUCUCGGUACCGGGGUUGCCCUCGCAGGAGUUUUCCUCUACUCGCAACUGAAGAGGCUUAAGCCCAAGGCAAAGGCUGCUUGAUCGCAUAUAUGGUCAGGUCUAUCCAGUAGAACUGUCGAAGCCUUGCCAUGCUGUUGGAGUGGCUAGUGAGUGCCGUAGUUUAGAAUGAUAUUGAGAGAAUCCCCUCUGGUUUGCUGUCAGUUAAUGUGAUCGUUUGCGAUUUAACUACUAGCAUUUUUGAACGGAUCUGUUGAUGUAAUCAAUAAUUUUGCUGUGGUGCCAUUUUUCUUGUGCUGUUUA